CUCCUGUCUGGCAGACCUGUUAAUGGUCACUUGUUUGGAUACCCUGGGGAGCCUGGCCAGUCUUUUGUAUGACAAAUAGUUCCUGAGCCAGGUCACAGGCUCACCCUAUUCACAGACAUACCCUUAAGGCAGGAUUUGUGAACAAAAAGACAAUGGGGAGGCUUUUCCAUUUUCCUUCAACCUUGCAGAGAAAUAUUUGAGGUCAAUUUGGGAGGGACAAAAUGGUUUCAGCACUUUUUCUGUGGGGUUUCAUACAUGUGGUUUAUAUAUGCCGUUAUGAACAUUUUAUCUUCAUAUAUGACCUUAUUUUUUUUUAUUUCAGUAGUUUGAUCCCUACUAACAUUGUAUGGAAACAAAAAUUUUUGACUGCACUAUUCAUGUUUGGGGAAACAUUGCAGUAUACUGUAUAACUACCGUAUUUUUUGCUCUAUAAGACUCACUUUUUCCCUCCUAAAAAGUAAGGGGAAAUGUGUGUGCGUCUUAUGGAGUGAAUGCAGGCUGCGCAGCUAUCCCAGAAGCCAGAACAGCAAGAGGGAUUGCUGCUUUCACUGCGCAGCGAUCCCUCUUGCUGUUCUGGCUUCUGAGAUUCAGAAUAUUUUUUUUCUUGUUUUCCUCCUCCAAAAACUAGGUGCGUCUUGUGGUCUGGUGCGUCUUAUAGAGCGAAAAAUACGGUAGAUUCAUUCCAAAACGACCUUUUCCAUAUCUGUGGCUAGGGGGACUAAUUCUAACUACAAAUCUGUAUCUCUGAUUAGUACAGAACAGGUGAAUGGCGUGUGUUCUUCUUUUCAUGAGAUGUGAAAACGAGUUACGUUGCAGGAUGAACCAUGUACAGCUCUUUUGUUUUUCCUGACCACUUGAAACUUAGGAAAACGCUACCAAACGAGAACGAACAGCUUUGUUUCAAGUAAAUUUAACAGCUUUGUGCCUGCUGGGAAAGAGCUCAUUAAUUCCAUGGGGCUGACUCCUAGGAAAGCGGGGUCAGUCAGGAAUGUACCCUAAAACUCGUUCCCCGCCCCCCACGCCUGAAGUAUUGGUUCCCUCUCAUCAAAGGUUAGUGCACUUCGUUUUUAAAGAACGCAAGAACCGCCUCCUCCGAUUAGAACGGUCUCUACUUUGGGCGUAAUCAAGCAGCGUUCCUGAGAAACGGACAAGCUAAGGGUUAACACGAUUAGCCCCGCCCACUUUUGCCUUCGCGCGCCGCCUCCCGCCUCUUGCAUCUAUUGCAUCGUGGCAACCACGCUUCCGCAUUCCCGUGAUGCCCCGGGGCUGGCGAAGAUAUUGUCCGGUGGGUUCCAGGCGCCAGCUGACAAAAUGGAAAGGUAGGCGAGCAUACGGGUCCCGGGAGGGCUCAGCGGAAAACGCGAGGGGCGGGGCGAGCGGAGCCGAAGCGCCAUUUUUAAACAGCCGAGGCAACCGAUGCCCGCCUGAGGUGGCGGGUAAGCGAGGAAGGGAAGGAGGCAGGGCUGGGCCGGCGGGGCAGGGCUGCUCCUGAGGCGGUUGGCGCUGCCCGUUUGCUUCGCGGUUCUCUUUCGACGUGGGUCGGUCAGCCGCUUUCCUUCGUGGGGGUUGGGGGGGGGGCUGGAGGCUUCCCUUCCCCGCCCGCCUUUUGCCUUCGCGACGGCCCUCUGAGGUAGGCCGGCUAAGGAAGACCGGCGUCUCCCCCCCAAAAAAACCCAGUCCCAGUGAGACGAAACACGGAAUAUUGUCAUCUAGGGCUUUUUCUUUUCUUUCCUCGCUAUCAGGAACUUUGUUCCCGCACCUCUCAGGUGGGCGCCAUUGCCAUUAUAAGGUAGGCGUUCACGGUGAGUUUCUCUUUUUCUACAAAAAAAAAAAAAAAGCACUGUAAAGUAAUGCCACUCUAGAUAGUUUCACCGGCCAAAGGGAUUUUUUUAAAAAUACCGCCAAGGUGCUCGUAAGGUAAUGCUGGCUAACCGCUCUAGUUCUGCUGCUCUUAAAAGUUGCGUGCAAUGUAGCUGCACUGAUUUAAGCAGCUCUCUAGAAAUAACCGCUCACAGUUUUAUAAGCAUUUGGAAACUUAACCACAAGGGGUCAGUAUAAUCCAAAUGGAUUACUGUCUUCUAUAUUGCACAAUUAGCAUCUAUCCUAAUAUUUAUUCCGGUAUCUUUUAUCAAGGCUGUUAAUAAUAAUAAUAAAACACAAAUAAUAAAAGAUAUGGUUUGAAAAACGAAUCUUUUAAAAACAGGGUGAGAUCCAAUGAGGAGACUUAGUCUCGCCCCCCCCAUCUGUUUUGGGGAGCUGUGCACAGUAGGAGAAAUCCCAUUGUGCAAGCAGACUUACACUAUUGGAUGUCACCCAGUAAUCAUACAACAAAUAAAACUUCACCUAUACACACUAGAUGUGUAUUUAAUUUUUCAGCAUGUAACUUUAUUGUAAGUAUUAAAAUUUGUGUUUCAAAUCCAUUGACCUUUUAAUUGCAAGACAUUUUCUAGCAACCCCAGCUCCUCAAAUUUAUUUAGUGGGCAUGCUUUAAGCUCUGGUGUAAAGUUCUUUUUACUAGUUUAAUGUUUGUGCUUAGUUUUUAUUUAUAGCCUAUCCUGUACCAAAGCCUGAAGGCUUGUAUUUUUACUAUUAAUUAUUUUCUCUUCCUCAAUAAGUUUAGGCAUAAUGUGUCAAAUAAACCAAAUACUAAUUGUUUUACAAAACAAUAUUAGUCAUAUCGCAUAGCUAAAACCAUUGGUAGCUUCAGUUUAGUGCCUAGCAAUGGCAGGGAAGAUUUUAGCAAGGCAUUCAAUGCAGGCAAAGUGUUGAAUAUUAUACUGGUUGUAACUUGCAUCUGUCACAAAGUGGGAUGCAUUAUCCUCAGAGGAUAUUGCACAGUUUGGCUGUCUUCUGUAUAAUCCUUCAGAGUAAACAGUCCUGUGGGAACAGAACUUUUGCACCCAAAGAAAAAAAUGGUUUAGGUAAUGGGGAAGUUUAUGCAGUGCUUUCAUAAAUUAACUUUGUUUAAUGUGGUUGAUUUGAGAAUGAAAUCAGAUUAAAACACACACACACUAUAUAUAUGUAUUUUCAAAGAUACCCUUGUCAGAGAAAUAAUGAAGCUUUUGAACAUGUAUUCAAAGCAGAGCCUUUUUAACCAUGAAUCCAUUGACUACUAAUUGGGUCCUUUUCUGUUUGUACAGGUAAUUUGGCCUCAAGGGAUUCCCUCAGGAGAGAAAGAGGUCUCUAUGACGGUGGCAGGCUUGUGCUGACAGCUUUAUUAACAUUGUCAUCUCAUUAACAUUCAGUCAGAAUGGACACUUUUCCACAUAUCCUUUCAUCAGUCGGUGGAAGUGGAGAUCUUAGCUCACAAGCAGAAGUACAAAAACUGUUAAAUGAUGAAAGAAUGCGGUGUGAACACCAUAAAAACAAUUACCAAACUCUUAAAGCAGAACAUACAAGGUAUAGUAUGCUUUCUUUCUUUUUGAUGUUGAGCUAUUUAAUUAAAUGUUUUGAUCAUGAAAAUAAAAUGUAAGUUUUCUAUAGCUAAACUAGUUGCAGUACUAAUCAGAUGUUAGACGAAUAGUAUUCAAGUUUAGCACACUGCUACAAACUUUUACUGGGGAGUGGGGGCCAGUUUGCAGGAACUUGAUGACAACACGUGGAUUUGCAUGGUUAUGUCGCAGCCACCAGGGAUGGGUAGACAAUUUUUGGCUGGUAUUCCCUCCUCAAUGUGGAAAAGGCACCAUUGCCCAAAGAUACACAAUGCACCUUCACACAGUGACGUCCUUUUCUGUGCCCUGGUAUUUCCUGAGGGGACAUACUGGGUGGGCAUGUGUGCUGUUGGACGUUGCCUUCAGGCAGUGGCAACCAGCUCUUCCAUCUGCCCAACAUUAUUUCUUUGGCCGGUAUGGGCAGUGUACUGUUGAAGCUUGGCAAAAGCACACAAACUAUUUGCCAAAUGGAGCAGCCUCCAUGCAGUUCUGUUUCACUUUGCCAUUGUAUUGCUUCUGGUUUCUGUGAAUUGGGCCUCCAUUUCUUGGGAUGUUGAGAUUUCAGUUAUUUAGGGAACAAUUCUAACUCUUCUCUGCUUGGUAGGGCAUUAUGGAGUAGAAGGGUGGCAGAUACAGCUCUCCUGCACAGAAGGUGGAGAAUUGGCAGAUUACUGUGCCAACCUGGAGGUGACCAUCAUGUGACUGUAGUAGGGCCUGCUUAGGAUCCAACAUAUCCCAGGCCAGUUCAGCCCUGCCCCUAGAAAGUUCUGUUUUGAAGAUUCCACUGGUUGCUGCCAGUGGGAAUCCUGCUAAUGGCACUUCCACAUUUUUGGCAGGUGGAACUCUGUGCCAGAUACAGGCUGCCAGGACUUGCACCCAAUCCACUUCCCCCCAGCCCACCACAAAGUGGGGGUUGUAUUGUUGUGCUAGUGUAUUUAAAAAUAUGUACAAUGUUGAUUUUGUGUUUGUGUGUAUUGGCAUUUUCAGUAUAAAAAAACUUUCUAACAGGAAGAAAACGUCAAAGCUGCCACUCAGAACACCUCCAUGUUGUUGCUGCUCUUACUUCUUUCAAUCUCUCCUUUUCUGUGCAGUCUUUUGGCACAACUCCCUAUGUGUCAUAUUAGCUGUAAUUAAGCCUAAGUAUGUGUAACUGAAAUGAACUGAUAUGCUUCCCCUGUUUAUCCUACUUCCCCUUUCCUCUCCUUUCUCUGUUAUCUUCAAUGUGCCAAGAUACAGAUCAGUAAAUUGAAAAGCAGAUUCAUUGUAAAAUGAUUUUUUUCAGGCUUCAGAAUGAAUAUACAAAAUCACAAAAUGAGCUCAAACAGUUGUUACGUGAAAAGCAGACAGUUCAUGAUAAAUUUCAGUGUCUGCUCGGUGAAUUCCGAGAUGAAUUGUUGGAUAAAUCAAGAGAAGUAGAGGAGUUAAAGAAGCAGGUGCGGCCACAAUUCUUUCUUUUAAGUUACGUUAUUCAUACACAGUGUCUUAAUCUACAUUGCUAAUUAUGUCUGGUGUUCUUGUUAAACUGUGACUGGUAUCUAAAGAAUUGCAGUUGGGGGUAUAGUUCUUACUUUUCUUACCACAUAUUUGUAUUGUGGUAGUACUGCUGCUGUGACUCACCUUAGAUCAGCCAUGACCUGAUAGUGAGUCCCAGCCCACUGGCUGAAGACCAGUGGCUUCGAUCAUGUAGGAGUACUUUGUGACUGUUUUUUCUCUUCAUUCAAAAUAUCUCCAUGCCAUACUCUGCUCAGUUUGAAAAAUAAAUUUGACAUGAGGCAUGGGAGCUGCCAUUUCAAAAGAUGUUUAAAGACCCCUUUGACUCAUGUAACCUGUUGUCUGGAACAUGACGUGCACUUUUACUACAGUCGUACCUUGGAAGCUGAACGCCUUGGCACUUGUACAUUUUGGCUGACGAAUGCUGCAAACCCGGAAGUAAGUGUUCCAGUUUGCAAACAUUCUUUGGAAGCUGAACAUCCAGUGUGGAUUUCGAUUGGCUGCAGGAGUUUCCUGGAGCCAAUCGAAAGCUGCGCCUUGGUUUCCAAACAUUUUGGAAGUUGAACAGACUUCCGGAACGGAUUCCGUUCAGCUUACAAGGUAUGACUGUAAUGGCUUGCAGGGAGCAUCUGAUCCAUUAGAUGAUUUUGCCCAGCUUAAAUUGUUUUUCUCAGUUGAUUGGAGGAAGGGCAGGGUGUGUGAAAUAUAAUCUGUCAAGAAAUUUUAUCUCUCCUGGAAUAUUGUACACUCUUAUUUUUCUUCUUUGGCGAUCACUCGUAGCCGAGUAAGAUUGUCUUCCAUGAGCAUGGUCUUAACAGCGAGUCCGUAAGUGACUGUGGAGGCCAAUUCUAGAUCCAAACGUCCUUCCACAGUGGGGACAUAGGUUUCCAGACAGGACAUUAAGAAGGAGUGAUACUGCAUUUACUUAUUUGUGUACAUAGUUUAUAUCCAAUUUCUUCUACAUAGAUAUAUGCUCUUAAAGUGGCUAAAAGAGUUGUAAGAAUUGAAGUACAAUAUAAAGUCAUAAAUAAAGCAUGCAAACUAAAACAGCAAUAGCCAAUUUAAGUAGAAGAUAAAAUCAUUCAUGUCUAAGUAAAAAAAUGCUUAAAUUAGUAGUCCUAAAAUGCCCAGAAAACCAUGAAUUGCACUUAAAUUAUAAUAAUGAGAUGUUUUUGGGAGGGCAUUCCAAAGCUGUGACGGGUCACUGCUAAAAAAAAUAUGCCUUUCUAAAUAUUUCAUCCAUAUUAAAAUGUUUCCCUAUCACAUGUUCAUGAAUUUGAGAAUAUUAGUUAUUAAUAACUUAAUUCCACUCUUCUUUCAAGCAGCUCACGGCAGCUAUGGAGUUUAUUUAUUUAAUUAUUUUUUACACCUCUUUAUAUUUCAUAGAAAUCUCUUAAGUGGUUUCUCUCUCUCCCCCACCCCCCAACAUUUAUCUUAAUAACAACCAUAUGACUUACAGUAGGUUGAGAGACAAGUGCCCAAGGUCAUCCAGUCAGUUUCAUGACUUGAGUGGGGAUUUGUACCUGAGUCUCCAUAGUCCUAGUUAUUCAUACUGUGUCUCAACACUGAAUUUUUAUUAGUUAGGUAGACUGUAUACUAUAACAAAUAUGCAUCUACCUUUGAUCUGUGUUAGGAAUUGUGCAGUGCCGUUUUAUACAUGUCUAUUCACAAGCCAGCUGCAUUGAGCUGAACAUACCUUACUUCCAGGUAUGUUUAGGACUGUAGAUUUAGUUUGUAUUUUCCUUUGGUUGAGUCAUUUUGGCAGUUGCCCAGUGAUGAAAACCUUGUUGUAAUAGCAGGGUUCAAACAGAUCCUAUAUGUUUUUAUUGUUGCCAGUUCCAGUACUUUAGGAAUAUAUGCAGCAUAACAGGAUAAUAUUGGAGUGUUUCUAUCCUUAGGUGGGGGAACUCCAGAUCUUUUAAGUGGCGGCAUAAUCUUCAUAGAGACAAAUGAUGAAACAGUUGCUUUCUUUUUAUGUGUUUCUUCGGACAUGUAGGUAAUUACUCCACAGAAGUUAGAGUUGCUUAAAACAGAAAUAAGAGACAACAUAGAAGCACCUCUGAAAGAGAAUCUUCGAAAGCUAGAUAAAGUAAGUAGAAACAAAGUUUUCUAUGAAAUGAAAGUUUUAUAUCCAGCCUUGUCUUCAAAGUAUAAAAAUAUUUUUGGUUAGCUAGCUCCAUAAUUAGUUACAAUUUUUCUAAGCAAAAUAUAUUUUCCUAUCUACUGUUACUUAUAUUUGAUGGACAGGAGAGGUCAGUGUUUUUCUUCUUUCUGAUAACAUUUAAAUGCAAGCUAGUUAAAUAAGAAGGUGAGCUUAAAGACCCAUGGAUCGAAGUUAUCUUGCCAUGAAGCAUAACAGUUUGUUUUAAUUCAGCUUACCUGGUUGAACACAACAGCAAGCAAAUGUCUGUAAAAGUGAAAUUAAAUUCUGAUAAAGUUCUCUCCCUGGCUAGAUAGGAGAGGGAAAGUGUAGUGUGUAAGCCUGUUUUGCUCAGGCACAUUCUGGCUCACCUAUGUCAUGUUAAACUGGGUUAAUGUUCCAUGCAAAUGCAACCAUGCAAUGGCUCCUGUUUUGUGAUUAAAGAGGCUGGAGAUAGGAUCUUACCCACUGCACUAUUAAGCUUUUGGACCCACGAGAGUCACAGAGACUGGUACAACCCUUCAGUGACUAAAGGUAACAAUAAGAGAAAGAACAGGAUUCUCUUGACAGUGGCUCAAGGCUAUCUCAACUAGGGCUGGGCGAUAUCUGGUUUUCAACAUAACGAUAUAUUACCAGUUAAACAUAGUGAUAUUUUGCUAUAUCACAAUAUGCAAAAUAAGGCUGGAGGUGAACAUGGCAAUGUCCUGGCAGCUGCUACUACUUAUGGGUCUAACUCUGAAACUGAAUUUUUUUUACUGAACAUAUUGUUACAACUGUUAUGCUAUAGUACUACUGUACCAAUAGUAGCACAGUUUCUGUAAAAUCAAAGUUGUAAUUAGUAAAGUAGUAGCAUAGAUAUCAAAGCUUCCCUAAAAAUUUAAUUACAUUACUAAACAAGAAAAAGCAGAUUCAGUGUCACACUUUUAGAUAUUCAGAUAUCCUUGGUUGAAAAACCCAGUGUUUUUUGCCGACUGGUGGCUGCUGCUUCACAAAAACAAAUGCACCACAUACACCACCAACGGAUGUGUGUGGGGGGAGACACACAUAGACACUCGCACACUCACAAGCAGUACACACAUCCAAAUGGAGGGGGGAAUGACAGAAGAUGGUCAAAUGCCAAAGCAAGGUGUUUGUUUUUACUAACCCCCGUUUGUUUUUACUGGGGGGAAAGGGCUCCAGAAUUCUGAACCUUGCAGGCUUUCCCUAAGUCAACUACCAGCCUGGCGCCUUUAAGCAAGAGCCUUGAGAGAAGAAGUCCCUGCUCGCCGGCUGGAUGGCUGGGGAGACAGAGAGCUAACCAUUUCUCAAAGUUCCAUUUGGCGAUAUCUGCUUCACGAUACUUAACUCAGCCUGUAGUAAUUUGUAGUGAAUUGCUCCUCCUGCAUAAGACAGGGAAGGUUGACUGAUAGUGACUGCUAACCGGUUUUCAAAGCUUUGUUUGGUGAUAUCAGCUGGGCGAUAUUUGAGUCAGCCUGCUGUAGUGAUUUGUAGCUAUUUCUUGUUGCUGCCGGAGGCAGGGAAGAGCUGACCGAGGUGGAGUUAGCAAGUGCUGCACACACAGGAAGAAGCAUCGGCUUCCUGGUUUUUCCAAUAUUGUGGUUUUUUUAAUACCACACAAACAAUAUGUGAUAAAUUGCAAAGUCAUUUAAAAAACUGUUUGAUAUAUUGAUUUAUAGCACAGACCUAAUCUCAACUGUUCUCCACUUCCUGGCAGUAUGACUCCACUGCCGCAAUGGUCACUGGCAAGGAGCAUUCACCGUUGCUUCUGGAGCUUAAGCCAACCAAUAGUAUUAUUGUAUUUCUUUUGAUGCAACUGUAAAUGUAGCCAUCAAAAACAAUUAACAAUUGCUGACCUGUUUUCAGUUUACACCUGAUACUUACUAAACAUCUUGUGUGCUCAUUUUUUUCUGCAUGGGUUUGUAUUUUUUAUUCACUUUGAUUCAGUCACAUAUGUUCUUCUUAAUUAGGAAGCAGAAAAAUGGAGAACAGAAUAUAACAAACUUCGCUAUGAACAUACUUUCCUUAAAUCAGAGUUUGAGCAUCAGAAAGAAGAACAUGCCCAUAUUUUAGAAGAGAACAAAUUAAAAUAUGAAUCUGAGGUAAGGACGAAUAUUUUAAUAUAAGAAAAACCAUAACAUUUGAAUAUGAAUUUAAUCAACUGUAAUAAAUUUGAACCCUGCCUAAAGCGUAAUCAGUCAGGCCUUCUGCUUCAUGAAUGUCUUAAGAAAAAGGAUGAAAUAUGCAGUUUACCAUAUGUUAACUUUAAAGUAAGUCUUGUUGCAUUCAGCCAAAUUACUCCCAAGUAAAUGUGUGUAGGACUGCAGCCUUACAGUUGUGAUAAUGAACUAAUUGCAUAUUUCAUUGUUCUACUGUUCUUAAUCAAGUGAAAACAUCUUAGAAAACAUGUUGAUAUUUUUCCUGACUAAAAAAUUACCUCAGGUGUGUUAUUGGUUCCAGUUUUAUGGGGGACACAUUUCUGUCACUUUAAUUUUUCUGUGAGAAACAUGGCCUAUAAAACAUAGUGCUACUUUUACCAAUGUAUUGCUUAUUUUGAAUGAAAUGAAAAUGUGUUUUCAUUUUAGAACAAAUAUAUUUACUUCUAUGUGCUUUUCUAGUACUUCUGGGCUUAUCAACAUAACGUUAUAUUUAAAUACACUUUGACCAAUUCCAAGCACAGGAACAUGGUUUGUGCGAGGUGGGUUCUCAUUCCCUCCCUCCCGUCUGCAUACAUGGUUGUGUGUGCACCUGGUGCAAGGAAUCAUUUAAUCUUUUGGGUUUUCUGAAGUCACACUCAGACUGGAGUGGGCCCAUAGUGUUGUCUGUUCAAUUACUCAUAGAUAACGAGACUUGGCAAAGAUAAAGAAGAAUUGCAUAAUCAGCUGCUUAAUAUUGAUCCUACAAGAGAUGGCAAGCGUGUGGAAGCACUAUUAAGAGAAAAGGCUCAACUAGUUCAGAAAUUAAAGGGUUUUGAAGCAGAAGUAGCAGAACUAAGAGCUCAGAGGGAGAACUCUGGUAUGCAAGCAGAAAAUGUGCAAAGAAUACAGGUGCGACAGUUAACUGAGAUGCAAGCUACAACACGAUCCUUGGAGGUAGGAGAUUCUGAUUGUCUCCCUACAAGACAUAGUAAAGGUGUACACUGUGUGUUAACUUAAACAAUGAGAAACUCACAUCAAGCCAUCAAUUAUCUUGAUUCUUCCUAAUCAGAUUUACAUUUCCCUAAUAGUAAUAAGAUUACUUCUUUGCAAAGUAGUUCUGAAAAAUAUGAUAGAUUUAUCUACAAAGUGGUUUGAGUCAUGAUAUUUGGAAUAAUCAUUGUGGAGUCUACAGGUUUGAACUUUUUACAUGAGAUUAAAAGUAGAAGGAUAUUUUACUCUGGUAAACAAACCUGUCUGUAAAAACAAUAAAUAAAUAUAUAAGCUGAAUAAUAUACUAAGGUCCAAAACAUUCAAUAAGCAAAUUCUACAAAUGGGUCCGGCAACAAUAUCUUAUACAGCUGUUCAAACUUAUUAGGAGACUAGAGGUUGUGAGGGGGCAUUUACAGGAAGGUAAGUUUUUUGGUUUUUUUUUAAAAAAACCCACCUCCCUAUUCUAAUCACCCCUCGCCAGAUCACCAUAUUUUUCCACCUAUAAGACGCCCCCAUAUAUAAGACUCAGGGACUCGGAUUUAAGAAAAUGGGGGGAGAUGGCCCAGAGUAUAAAAUGCCCCCUAAUUUUUGACAUUAUUUUUUAGGUAAAAAACCUAGUCUUAUACAGGGAAAAAUAUAAGCUGUUUGCGGCUUGAGUAGACCAAUUUCCUCUUCCCCCACCUUCAGUUUCCUAUUUUCUUUUUCUUCAAAGGAUCCCCUAGCAUUGUGUGUGUCCAGGAAGUUCACAGGUUAUUGUCAGGCUUUAAAUGUAACUUGCAUAUUCUGUGAAGCUGGGGAGAUGACUGGGUAAAUAGAAACCACUUCCUUAUUUUUUAUGACCCUGUUUUGCUUGCCAGCUGAUAGCAAAUUUAUAUGGCUGAGUGCCAAUUAGAGAGAAUAAAUGGGGUCUGCAGGGCAAUGCUGCAGUGCUAUCCCCACCCACAAAAGCAGUUCCAUGAUAAUGGCUUCAGACAGGACCACAAUACCUCAAGAAAUGCGUCUUAUAUGAACUGACCCGGACCCUGAAAUCAUUAUCUGAGGCCCUUCUUUGGGUGCCUUCCCCACAUAAGGUCUGGAGGGUGGCAACACAAGAACAGGCCUUUUCUGUGGUGGCUCCUUGUUUGUAGAAUGCUUUCCCCAAGGAGCCUCACCUAGCACCUUCAUUACAUAUCUUUAGGCGGCAGGUGAAAAUGUUUCUCUUCAACUAGGCAUUUGGCUGAUUAGCAUUCUGUGCCCUUUUAAAUGUCUUUGUGGGAGAUGAUCAUUGGUUUGUUUUGGUUUUUAAUUAUGCAUUUUGUGUUUUCAUUUUGUAUUUUUAAGCUGUGAACCUCCCUGUGAUCUUCAGAUGAAGGACAGUAUACAAAUUUUAAAAAUAAAAUAGGUGCACGAGCUUUAUAUUCCUGUUCAGGUCUGAGAGGGAGAGAGGCUGUUUUAGGAAGGUAGAUGGGAGAAAGGACAUUCCCUUCCCCCUUUCUGCUGCAGUGCUCCAUGUUGCUGAAGAGCUGCCAGCCCCAAACCUGAGCAUUUUAUAACUAUGCAAUAUCGAGAUGUAGUUCUGGUGCUUGAACUAGCCCUAGCUUCCAAGGGAAGCUAUUUAACUUCAGAGCAAAUAAGCUAACCAUCUAAAAUAUGUUAAUGUAAGUAAAAUGACCCACAGAUCUCCAAAAAGAUUUGAGACUUCACAUGCUUACUUACUAGAAGUAAUGGUACUGAUUUUAUUGGCCUCUUGAAACCAGUGCAUCAGUCCCAGCCAGGUGGCGAGGUUUUGAGUGAAGGAACCUUACUUUUGUGCAAAUAGGUUUAGAACUCUGCUUCAGGAUUCAUUUCUGUGAAGCAAUUUAAGAUUUCCUUUCUUAAUUUUAAGGCUGAAAAACAAUCCCUUAAGCUGCAGCUUGAACGCAUUGAAAAGGAACUGCAGAUGAGCAGUGAGCAAAAUACGCUCUUAAGAAGCAAGCUACAUAAAGCUGAACGAGAGAUCAGUGCCUUGACAACUAAAGUAAGUAUUUUGAUGCUGUCAAGACAGUUUUUUUGGAGAUGUUACCAGAACCAUUAUCACUAAUUGUAUCUUUGGAGACAAAUUGUCUAUUACACGGCUUUAUUUCUCUCCUUUUUCAUAAUUCAGUGUUUGAAAAGCCAUGUUCUUAUUGUCCUUGGAUUUUUCUGUUGGCAUGAAAACAUAGCAUUUUGUUUUUGGCACUGUUCCCUAAAGCAGUAAUGACAUCCACAAAUCACAUUUAAUAACACUUACUGUUGUGAAGAUAGGAGGUUGUCUUAUGCCACAUCAGACUGUAGGUUGGUCUAGCCCAGCCCUAAUCAACUCUGAGAACUAGUUACUUGAGGUAGCAAACUGGAGAGAGAACUUCUGGCCUAAUCUUUUCCUUGGCAUGCUUGUUCUCUGUGUGGAGGAUAAAUGUGCUGCGAGAUUUUAAUCAUGUACAGACUGAAAUGAUAGUCCAGAAGCAGUUUUACUGUGACCAGGUAACAUGGCUGCAUGGGCAUUAGCACUUGCAUGAGUGGAAGUUCCUUGCAUGUGAAAGUGGGAUCAGUGACUUUUUAAAAAAUCCACCUUGGUUUUUAAGAUGUAAGGCAUGCCUUCUCAAUAGGUAUAUAAACAAGAAAUUGCUGGAUCAAGUUAAUCUAAAUAGCCAGUACUUUCGCUUGCGAUCUCAAGAUUCUCACUCUUUAAAUGUUAGUGGGCUUUUAUUUCUUGGAUGGGGAGAAUUGUAGUUUCAUGUUCUCAGCCUGAAGCUUGUGCCAAAUCUCACCUGUGAUAACAGCCUAUUUCUUAGAAAGCACCUUCGCCCACCCCCCCCAUCUCAAUUCUGUUUGGGAAAGGGGAAAAAAUAAGAUGUCUUGCAGCGAGUCUAAGCUGCCUAAAGAGAAGGGGUGGAGAUGGGAUCCAGAUUAAGAUAGUAGUGCUUAAGUCACAAUGGGACUUGAUUUUAGUGGGAACUAAGUGCAAUUGACUUUGUCUGGAUCCAACCAAGGACAAGUAGAAAAAUGCAAGUAGAAGCAAGAGGUUAUGGAGACAUGGGUUAAUGGAACCUGAUAUAUUCAGGGUCAAAGACUGUGGCAACAGAGAAAAAGUACUGGGGGGGAGUAGCUGGUAAAGUGAAUGGAAAUAUUUGCUUUCAUAUUAUGUUGUGUAUUUUGCUUUGCCAAAUUUCAUAUUGUUUCCUGUUCUGGUGGAGCCACUUUAAACCUGAUACUUACCACAAUAUAGAGAUAAACAGCAUUAAUAGCUGCUGAGUGUCAUGCGCCCAGAAAGUGGCUUUCAAAUAUUUACAUAUUUUGAGCCUAAAAUAAGUAUAUUCCCAAAUAAUUUCUUACGUUAGAGCAGGACACUUCCCCUGCAGCUAUGUAAAUGGCUUAGAGAAAUUGUUCCUCAUAUUAUUCUGUUUUCUUCCUUCCUUGAGGGCAAAAUAGCAACUAUGUUUUAAAGCACAGAAGUACGAAAACAGAAACUGGGUAACCACAAGAUGACUGUUGGAGAUUGUAGAAAUGAUAAACUGUGAUCUUUCAUCUUAACGGCCUUCUAUGUACGCUGAUACCUGCAGCAGUAGCUAUUAUUAAAGAAGCCAGGGAUCCAUAUGAUAGAGAAUGGAGCUGCAACUUCUUCAGUGUGGAAUAAGUCUUAUUGUGUGAAUUAACAUUAAGUAUAAAGGAAGUAUAAUAGGGAUGCGGGUGGCGCUGUGGGUUAAACCACAGAGCCUAGGACUUGCCGAUCAGAAGGUCGGCACUUUGAAUCCCCGUGACGGGAUGAGCUCCCGUUGCUCGGUCCCAGCUCCUGCCCACCUAGCAGUUCGAAAGCACAUCAAAGUGCAAGUAGAUAAAUAGAUACCACUCCUGCGGGAAGGUAAAUGGCAUUUCCGUGCGCUGUUCUGGUUCACCAGAAGCGGCUUAGUCAUGCUGGUCACAUGACCCGGAAGCUUUACGCCGGCUCCCUUGGCCAAUAAAGCGAGAUGAGCGCACUGUAAUCUUGAAAUGUCACUGCCAUUUAAUGUGGACAGUUCUGAGCUAGAUGUAGCAGUGGUCUGACUUGGUUUAAGGCAGCUUCAUAUGAUCCUGAUCAGCAGUGAUACAAAAACUAACAUUUUUAACUAGAAUAACCAUUGAUGACAGAUAGACCAAGAAGGGAUGUGAUCAAACCUUGUGAUGUGUAAAUGACAAAUGGAAGUUUCCUUUUUACUUUAAGAAAAUCAGUGUCUUAACUGUAGUUGCUUAAUCAAAGACUAAUUCUUAAAACUUGUGUAGCUUCUACACUGGCGGUUGUGAUUACAUUUGACAUUGAAAAGCGCUUUCUCCUACUGCUUAAUUCUCAACAACCCUGUAAUUACUGUACCAGGAAAGUUUAAACUAGAAUUUCGGUUCAUUUCAGACAAUGAUUGUCUUCAAUGUUUUGAUUUUUCUAUUGAAAAACAUUGUUACUUGCAAGGCAGGAAGACAGCUGCUUCGGUUUUACAUUGUGUUGGGUUUGUGACGAAGCACGUUGAAAUUUCUUCUCCAAGGUUAGCUAUUUGCAAGUGACAUAUAGGAGAUAGAUGAUCUGCCAUAAUACUGAGCCAAUUAUACCAGGCCAGUGAUUUUAAUGGCAUAGUUAAGACUAGCACUUCUCUAGCAUGAAGGCUUAUGUUGUCAAGGUGACAGAUUGCAUCACAGAACAUUGAACUCAGUAAAAAGAGCAAGUUGCCAAAUUGUGUGCAUCCUCUGUGUGUCUGUUUUAAAAUCUCUUAAAACACUGUAGAUGUUUUAGACAUCUGAAUGCUGGCUUUUAAGGAUGCUCUUUUAUGUUAACACCUUAAUGAUAGUAGUACAGGCAGGUCCCAGUUUCUGAACAAAAUGUGUUCCCAGGAAAUCACUUGUUAGAAAGCAUUCGCAUAACAAGCUGACGAUUUCCAUUCUUUGCUAUGGAAAUAUUUCUAAUCUGUGGUGUCUCUCCCUGUUCUGCUGUGGUUACUUCCUAAAAUGGCUGCUGCCAGCUAGCAGAAGAGAAACAAAGGAAAAAUUGAAUUGUCCAGUCUCUCUCUUGAUUUGUCCACUCUCCCUCCUUGCACCACCACCACGGUUUCUGCCUGAAAAUGGCUGCUGCCGACCAGCAAAGCACAAACAAAGGAAGUAGACAAACGGCCUGCUUGGAUAUCUGAAUCAGCCGUUCACAUAGUGAGGUUUGAGCAUAAUUAUGUUCAGAUAACUGAAUUUGUUUUGAUAGCAGUAUCUGCAGGUAUUGUAUCCCAACUGAUCAGCACAGCUUGGAAUGGAUUGAGUGCAUUUCUCAGCAGUGCUCAUAAAUGAAUGAAAAACUUAGUAUUCCCACAUAGCUGUAUAGUAUUUUUAUUAGAAAUGAGGUUGACAGUUUCAUUUAAACAUUGACCUAAAUGCUUAAGCCACUUGGAGCUAAUUUGCAUGGCUCCAGGAAAUAGGUUUUUCAUGUGAAAUUGGUUUGCAUGUGUCUAUGUGCACAAGCAUGUGCAUGCAAGCAAGCCCUGGUUCAGACAAAAAGUUUUCAUGUGCAGAGGUGUCUUGUUACAGGUUGUAUAUAUGUAUCAGGUGUACAUGUGUAUCAGUUAUUACCUAGUCUUCAGUUCUUAUUAAUAUCUGUUGCAAGUUACAUAAUAGCAGAUUGCAGUAUUCAUUAAUAUUUGUUUGAAAUUUUAUCUAAGAAUUCUCAAAUAAUAUUUGUGUGUGCAAAAGAGAGAUGGAGACCCAGCUCCUGUCAAAUUGGGUUUAAGGAAGUUGCUGAUCAGAUGAAUGCAGUCUGUUACAGGUACAUGACACUAGAUUCCCCUAUUUGGUCGGACAUUGAUGAACAUAACCUGAAAGCUUUUAUGGUCUAUUUUUAAUUUCCCCCCCUGUAAUUCCAUACUUUGGGAAUUAAUCUAUUAUCUUUAAUAUACUACCUUUCUACCAAGGCACCCAAGAUGCCUGAAAGAAUAUAGUGUUGGGGUCUGACAGACCUCUAUAGGGAUGGUGUUCCAUUGUAUGAGUGCCGCUGUUGGAAAGGCUCUGCUCCUAGUGAUUUCCCUGCCACGUCUCAUUUGGCGAUGACACCCAGAGCAGACUGUGUAUUUUAAAUGGUUACCAUUUUAAAAAUAUUUUUCAUAAAUCAUUUCAGCUACCAUAUUUCUAGCUCGGGGAACUUCCUCCUAUGGAAGUAGGAGAAAACCUCAGAAUCUUUCAUCCAGAAGAAGAUAGGAGGGAUUCUUGUAUGAUUUUAUCCUCCUUGAGCAGAAAAACUGUUCUGAUCAAAACUGGAAAUUGAUAAAACAUUAUCUUCUAUAGGUUGAAGAACUUAAGCAUUCACACAAGUUAGAAAUAACAAACAUCAAGCUGGAAGCGGCAAGAGCUAGGACUGAGAUAGAAAGAGAAAGAAACAAGAUUCAAAGUGAAAUAGAUGGUAAAACUUUAUUACUUCAGUGAUUUGUUAUUGCCACCAAUUAUAGAUACAGAUUUUUGUCUUUGAGAAAAAUUUAGAACAGUCCAGUAAGUACUGUCGUGCAGCCAUAUCCCUUUCACUGGGAUAUUUUCAUUUUAAUGUGUCACUUUCAAUAAGCUGCCAUGGUUUUUGUCCAACAUGUAGCCCCACUGCACCCAGCUAUGUGCUCAUAUACCUGUAAGCUGACAUAACAGAAGUAAUCACGGAUAUAAUUAGUGUAAUUCUUAAAUUCAGUGGGGGCUUUUCGCCAUAACUGUCAUAGCUUUGUGAAUAUUUAAUUUUUAAUGUGAUCUUUUUCUGGGGUUGGAGGGAUAUUGUAGCAUUUUAAUGAUAAAGUAAAACAUGAAUAUAUUCUCAUAUUGCAAUAAUUGUGUGAACCCUCUCUUAAAUGAGAAUUGUCAUCUUGUAACUAUCCAUUCAUCAUUAUUUAUACUUAGAUGCUCCCAUUAAUGCCAGUAGAAAUAGCGUCUAAUUUUAAUUCUGUAAAUGCAUGUGGAAUGCAUUUCUGGUGAAGUUUGAACACAUUUAAAUGUCACUGAUUUUCCCACAGGUGAAAGUUAAACAGAAACUUAACCUUCCUUCUGAAACUUGUGGGACAUAGGCUGCAAUCCUGUGUGCGUGUACCUGGGAGUAAAUUUCACUGAACCCAGUGGGAUUUACUUCUGAGUAAAUAUUCAUUGAAGGUUCUUAGCCUAAUUCUAUAAUACUUCCCUAAAGCUACACUGCUUUAAGUAGUGGGAAAGUUGUGGGCAAAGUUGUACUUGAAUGUAGGAAAAAUGAAUGGUGGCUUACGUGAGUGAGCAACAGAUUCAGUUUUAUCAGCUUCUGUGUAGUGAUUUUCAGAGCUUUCAAAUACUGUAAAUGUUUAAAAACAGGUUUACACUCAGAUAAUGAAAUACGUAAGAAAACACUUGAGCAGCACAAGAUGCUUUUAAUAGAAAAGGAUCGUGAAUUAGUACGCAAAGUACAAGCUGCAGAAGAAGAAGGCUUCCAAAAACUUGCAGCAUUACAGGAGGAAAAGUAAGUAUGUUCUUGUAUGUUUUCUUCUCUUGCUCAAAAAGAGUUUAAAAUUGUAGCAACUUCCCUGCCUAUGAAUAUAGUCGUUGUGCAUUAUGUUCCAGCUAUAAAAUUGCUGCUGCUAGUUGCUAUUGCUACAGUGGACAGGGUGUUUUAAAUGCAUCUCACAAUGCUUCAGUAUCCUGAAAUCACUCUUGCCCUGUCCAAGGAAGCUGCUGAAUUAGUUGUGCCUGGCUAUGAAAUCUGUAGACGGGAGCUUGUGCUGUUUCUGCACUAAUCAUGGAACACUGAAGCUAUACCAGCCGAGUAGAAAUGUUCUCUCUCACAUAUAUAUGUUUAUAUAUGUUUGUUUGUGAUAUGAUUUAAAAAACAAAAAUCUGUUUUUCACAGCUCUUAAACACUCCAUAAUGUUUCAGGUUAGAACUUGAAGCCAGAUUAUCUGAACUGGAGAAAAUCAAAGUGGAGCAAGAUACUCAGAGGCAGUUGGAAAAGGAUGAGUACAAAGAGAAGUUAUCUGCUCUGCAGGUGGCAGAAGAAUCCAGCAGAAGGGAAAUCAAGGAUCUUAGGUAAUUUGUAGAGGUUUUAAUUCUAUUUAGGAAUUGGAGUUUUUAACACUUUAUCAGAAAGUGUUAUUGCCUGCUGAACAAAGCCCUUGACACUUCACUGCUUGUGUCUAAGCUGGGCAGAAGUUUUUGUUUCUCCAGAAAUGGGUUUAUAGAAAUAGGUAUUUAAUUGGUAGACCCUUGUUUUGCACCAUUUCUUUGCCAGCUGAAGCAUGUUGUUGCCUAAAGCUAUUCUUGAAACUUCUACAUUUGUUCACAAUUACACAAUAUGUGCACAAUACGCUAUAAAAUACAGUGAAGAAACUGAUAACUAUUGUAUUAGAUUUUUGGGGGGAUUAUAUCUUAUACAAACAUAUAUCUCUAAAAAUUGUUUGGAACCAGUCCUCAAUACAUGCAUUGUUACUCCCAUUUAUUUCCUCAACAUCCUUUCUCUCCUGCCCUUCAAGUUUGUCUUUCCAGUUUCAAUAUUCUCUAAACAUUCUAUCUGUUAAGAACUUUGUCUUGUGAACUUUUUAUAUAUUCAACCAUGAAUUCAUACCCAUUUACACUCUGAUGCACACAACACAGAGAAAAUCAAAUGAGUCAGACAAGGUCACAAGGAAAAGGAAAGGAGAGAUUAAAAGAAAAGUGGGAAAUUCAAGUCAAGCAUAGCAGCAGGUGGUCUUCAGUUUUGUGGCCUUUUAAACUUAUCUGUCAAAAAUGUCUAUACCUCUUCUUUGUAUAGUCAAAUCCAUUUAACUCUUAGUGUCCAGGUAUCAAUGUAUGUUUUUUAUACUAUAUUUCCAAUAUGUAAUAAUUGCCUUAAUUUAAAUGCCAGUUUUACCGUUCUAAUCUUAAGCAUUUUGUACCUUCUUUAAGUUUGAAAGAGCUGGGAUGUUUCAUAAUAUCAUCACUCCAUAAGACCACUUUCCACAUUUUCCUAGGACCGACUUAGCAUGCUUAGCCAGUUCUCAAAAUUCAGCAGUUACUGGACAUUUUCAUUAUAUAUGUUUCAAAAUGUUUCCCUGGCCCCCACACUUCCAACAGCUAUCAAUAGUAAUCCACCAUUUAUUAAAACAUUCCAUUGGAUGCUCAGUGCAUUCUGUGUAGAAUAUUCUGCUGAAUUCAUCUUAAGUAUAUAUCCAAGCCUGAGAGAGAGACAGUCUUCUCACAUUCAUAAGCUAUUCUGGUAACCUCUUUUCACAGAAGAGCAGGAUAAAAAUUAUUUCAGUGAUAAAUAUAAUGUUAAUGCUGGGGAGUCUCUUUCCAAAAUGCUGGAAAUUAGUUUUUCAUUUAAUUCCAUAGUUCCACUCUUGUGUCAGAUUUUGUUUAAUUUAAAAAUGUCCAUCUAGUGUAGACCUUUUAAAAAUCACAAAUCCCACUUUGUAUUCAUUUAUAGGCUAAAGAUUCAACAGCAAACUAUUCAUUCUGAGGAGCUUGAAAAAGAGAGAAGUGAAAAUGCUAAUCUAAAGGGGGUAAGGAUCCAACAUCAUGUUCUGUCAUCUUCUCAAGAUAGAUCACGUUACUUUCCUUCUUUAAUUGUAGCAGAUUGUAUUGAAACCAGCAUAUGAUAACAGGUGUGCUUGUCAGUAGUGUCUGGCAUGCAGAUGUGCAUUGCAUCUGAACAGACUUGUUUCAUUAUCAUGCCAAGUAGCUGUUGUCUUAUUCUUUAUGAAUCUCUCCUGUUCCUUUUUAAAGUGACUAUCAUCACAUCUUAUGGCAGUGAAUUUUGGAAGUUAGCUAUUUAUAUGCUGUGUGAAGAAGUACUUUCUUUGCUCCAACAUGUCUGCCAAACACUUAACACUGGGUGACUAGAGUUGUUUUCCUGUGGGACUAAUUUGUAUAGGUGACUCCUACUUGCUCCAGGCCAUGCUAGAUUGUCUUUAAUGCACCUUCUGUGGAAGGCACUAACUUACCUCCAGUUCUGCUCUGAGAAAACAACUUCCACAGCUUAUUUAAUAUGCGAACUUGAAGCUGUGUUGCAUAUCACUGAAAAAUAAUACAAUACUUUUAAGAGAUGCAAAAAUGGCACACAGGGGAAGAAUAAGAAAUGGCACAAACAUGGCACAUGCGGGGAGGGGUGCAGGAGAGCAGGAAAAAAUGACCAGCAGCCUUCAUGAGAGUGUUUGGGUGCAGAAGAGGUGGUUGGAGAGGGUGAUUAGAGGAAGCAGAGAGACUUAUGGAGAGGGUUGGAGAAACAAUGGAGGCUUUUCAAGUGGUGCUCAGGGUGGCUUUUUAAACUGACUGCAAGUAGCCACUCAUUUGCAGACGUCUGCAGUAAAUGCACAGGUGUUGAGGGAGUAGGAUCUAUGGCACAUUGGGUUGGAUCCUGUAGUAUGGCUCCACUUCCUAUUGUUCACAUGUAACUGCUACAGUUGAGUGAUGUGUACAUAGGGCUUAUAUGCUGUUUGGUGGGACUUCUAGAGCUUUGAUAAAUGAUUUCAUCAAUCAUUUUUAUGUUUCUUUUGCAGCGCAUUCAAGACUUGCAACUCCAAGUGGCUUCUCUGUCACAGUCGGAGAAUAACUUGCUAGUUUCCAAUCAGAAACUGAAGGAAAUGGUGGAGAGAUUAAAACAUGAAUGUCAGAAUGCGAGAAGUCAAGCAGAAAGGGCUCAGUUAGAUUCAGAGAAGUAUGAUUUCAUUUUUAAUAUUUUGCUACUGUUGUCUCAAGAAAGUAAAGUUCUGUGGAGAGUAAAUGGCCCCAGAUGUUUAUCUUGGGUUCAGUUGCCUAUAUUGUGAAUUUUCUCUAUUAUGAUAGAUUUGAAAUGUGAAUUAUGUCUUGGUUUCACUACUUAUUUGAUAGCACUGAUAGCCUGGAUGCAAUCCCAUGUACACUAAUGUGGAAGUAAGCCUAAUUAAGCACAACAUGCAUAGGAAUGUGCUGCACAUUAAGAUGAUAUACAUAAUGUUGCCAUAAAAACACAUGGACUGUCUAGGUAGAAUUGUGACAUAAGGAUUUAUUAACUAAUUAUGUCUUUUCUGUAGCAGGAAAGUAAUUUACCUUGUUCCAUUAAGUGUGAAUGUAGCCUGUACAUAUAGCCAUGUACUUAGUUACCUCUUAAUCUAUCAUCUGCCUCUCACAGCAACUCAAUAAAUACAAUACAGUACGAUCACAUCUUGCACGCAAUUAACUUGCACAAUUGUAGUCUUGCAUGGUUGAAAGUUGGCUGGUUGAAACUGCUUUUGCAUUGGGCUUUCCUGGUGCAGAAAGAGCUUUUAAAAUCUCUGGAUGCUUGCUGGGCUCUGGGAUGCUCUUGCAAGAGCUCACAGGAACUCAGGCAGCUCUGUGAGAUCUCAGAAGAGCAUUCCAGAGCCUGGUAAAUGAUGGUCAAUUUUCUCUCACAGGACUCACAGGAGCCUUUAAUUACUUCUACUAACUAAUUUAUAAGCCCAUAUAGAAGUACCCCAACAUACAGUUUUGUAAAUGCUGAUUUAGCACUUGACAUCCUGCAAGUUUCAGAUCGCCUUUCCCAUUGUUUAUGGAAUUGUAAGAAACAUACCUUCUAGGUACACCUGGAUUUCAUUUAGCCAUGUGAGAUAUACUCAGCGCAUUCAUGAAUGCGGUGAUUAACUGUGGAUUUGAUAUGCAAGAGCAACCAUUGCUUUUUUUUCCCCCUCCAGAAAUUUGGAAGACAAACAUGUCGAAUGGCUAGAAGAAAAACAUAAACUUAUUCAGCGUAUUACAGAGGUAGAACAGAAGUAUAACCAGAUGAAAGAAAAAUUGCACCGGGCAGCAGUUGCUCAGAAAAAGGCAUGUCACUUACAACAUAUAUCUGAUGGAAACUUUCAUUCUGGGUUAGCUAAAAUUAUGCUUCUAUAACAGGAUUCUAAUUGUAGCCAACAUAAUGUUUGUAAUUUAUAAAACAAAAUAUUGACCUCUAUUGCUAAAAGCUUUUGUGUUUUAAAUGGCAAAAAAAAGCUGUGAUAGCAUCGAGAAAUAACCCUAGUUGUGACCAUCUACCGGUAAUUUUUGUUUGUGGAUAGAUAUUAACAGCUACACACCAAAGCUAAUUAGAUUUUUAAAAUAUGUAGCUAUAUUUUUUUCCUGUGGAAAAAUGCAAGUGUUGCAGAAAUAUUUUCACAGCUUUGCAGAGUACCAGCAACCUUUCUUUCCCUCUCCCCCUUCAUACCAAAUAAAUUAACAGGGAAUUUCAGUGACUGAGGAGAGAAAGAAGCACAAGGCUUUGUCCCACUACUUGAUGUCCUAGUAGGAUGUGUUGCUCUUUCUGUUCCUCUUUCCAAAACAUACCUUUUCAGUCAGGGUCUCUGCAUCAUUCCUGCUAGCCUUUCCCAAUAUACAAAUGAUGUUUGUAAUAAAAUGACAAUAAUGUUGUCUCUCUUUUGGUAAUCAUAGUUAACUCCAAAUGGAUAUGUCCCCGCCCCCCAUAAAAACACCAAUUUCACAAAUGCUUCCUCCUUUAUACUUGAUUAUUUUUCUUAUUGUAACCAGGUUGGUGUGCUCAGUAUUAAGUACCUCCAUCCCAAUGAAUAUAUGUACCUAAUUUGAGAAUUUGGGGAUAAGACUCCAAUUAGAGCAUAUGGGUUAGAAAAUGAUAUGAUGCAUUGGAGGUCAACAAUCAAAUGAAUGUUUGUUUCUCUAACUAUACAUAGUAUUUGCCCUAUUUGCAGAGGAAGACACUUAAUGACAAAAAGCAAAAGAAGUUACUGGAGAAGAUAGAGCUGUUGGAAGCCAAGAGAGAAGAACUGGAAACAGAAAACCAGGUGUUAAAUAGGUACACUGAGAUCUUGCUUGCUCUUGAAUUUUGUUAUGUUUCAGAGACAGAAUGACUGUCGUCAUUACUUAAGGUUUAACAUUGCUUCCGAAAUAAAUUUUUUGCUGCAUCACUUGAGAUGGCAUUGGUGGUAAAGUUUGCAUGUUUGAAGACAGUGUCCUGUUUGUUUCACGUCUUAACUAUUUUAGGCAGAAUGUUCCUUUUGAAGAACAUAUUCGCCUUCAGAAAAGACUAAAGGAUUUGCAGCGGAGACAUAACGAAUUCCGCAGGUUAAUUCUGUUUCCCAACAUCCCAGUGCUGAAUCAAGUAGGCUUAUUGUCUUCAACUCCGAUACCUGGAGCAGAGGCAUCCUUCCCUUUCUUGCCGGUAGGUGCAAAGUUACAUAGGCAUUCUCAAAGAGAUGGUUUAAGGUGGCAAGAAAAUGAGCUUGUAAAACAGAAAGAAGUGUUGAAAGCUUAAAAUUCAAAGCAGGUUUCUGAAAGUUUUGGAUAUGAGAAAAUAUAUAAAACAGCCCCCUGUGGUGGGCUAGACCCAGAAUUCAAAGAAUUACCUUAAGCAAAGCCAGUAAGUUUUUACUUCAUUGCUUUAAACAUCAGAGUUCUGUGUUCUAUUUAUAAAAAAAUGCUUCGGGAAGACUUUUGCUUUCAAAAGCUGUUUGCCAUAUGACAUGGAUAUCUGCUGUUUGAGAAACAGAAUCCCAACACCCUCUCAUUUGGAUUAUGAACUAUUUUAUACACAGGUUAUAUACUGUAUAGGUUUCAUUUUAAAAAAAAUUCUGAAAGCCACAUUCUUUUGACUUAUUUAGAUAUUUUUGUAUGGCUCACUAAGUAAACAGAAGCCGGAAAGGCACAAGCACAACAUCAGAUUGCAAUGAAAGUGUUAGUCAUAGAAUAUCUCUCUAAAUGUUAAACAUAAUGGGUUGCUUCUUAAUUUCAAGGAGGAGCAGCAUCAAAAAGAGCUUUCCCUGCUUCGCAAGCGCUUGGAAGAACUAGAAACCACCCAGAGGAAACAGCUGCAGGAGCUUGAGGCCUCUACUGAACGAGCUCGGUCAGUAAUAAGCACGGACUCAAACUCUGAUAGACAUAAGCUUGUUGAAGAGUAUGGUCUACCAGCUGGGGAUGCCAAAUAAACACUUGACUCUAAAGCAUCAUAUACUUUUUGUCCUUUGCCAAAAACACACCCAGAAGUGCCUUGAAGUAGAGGAUAGUCUAUAUCAUUUUCUAUAUUUUUAAUUAAUUGUUUUUUAAAAGCAACAACAGCAGUAGAAUUCAAGAAAAAAAUGUGUGGUUUUUUUGUGUGUGUGUGUGCGCGCGCGCUCUUCUAGUUUGGAUUAUAGGAGGAGAUCCAUCAUGUUGCACUAAAUAUUUUUUUCUAACAAGACUUUUCUCAAGUCACUUAGGGAGUGCAGUAGCUGUGUGGAAAAUCCCCCUUUCCAGUUUGAUCAUGAAGUUCUCCAUCUUUCAUCAGUACUGUGAGCUUAAGACUGGCACCAUGUAAUUAACAAGACUGAAACAACCCAAAACAUAAUUGGUUGAACCCUAACAACCCGAACAACUAAAGGCCGGUAAAAUUCUGGGAAUAUGAUCUCUGCCUUUAUAAAGUACUUUAUUAUCUGCACUUUAAUAUGAUUAUAAAGGAUAUCAGAAGUAACAAUCAAUAUUUUAAAAUGAUUAUGAAUUAUGAAUAUAUGCUUUUUACCUUUAUACAGAGAGAUGUGUGCGGUGC